UAAAAAUUUUCAGACGAGACCAACAAUAUUGUCUAGGCAAAUUACGACAUAAGUUGCGACGGUAAAACUUUCACUUUGUUUUAGAAACAAAUCGAAAAGAAGAAAACUUUGUUGCUAGAAUCAUCAAAUCAACGAACAGACCCCAUUAAAUCUAAGGGGGACGAUUAUAAUCAGGGUUAAACAGUGACGUGGCUAAAAAUUAAAUGGAUAAUGAACUUAUUGCACGUAGCUGGAACCUUCAAUUCAAAAGUACGGAAAAGACAGUGGACUGCUCCAUCCCUGACAACCCCCCACUUAAAUUCCUCUUGGUUAAAAUAAAUAAAAAAAAGCAGGCGCGUGGAAAGCGCUUGGAAGUGGAACAGAGAAAGGGGGACCCACCACCCAUGUGCCCUCCCUCCUGUCUCCACCAGCUCCUGCCGCUCAAUGAUUAGCACUCUGCUCCCUCCCCAAAUCCCUCUCUCUUCUGUGUAAAAAUUCUAUUUCUGUUUCUUCUUUCAUUGCAAAAUUUUUGGUUCUGUCAUUUGAUCUUCAAUAAUAACUGGAAACAGCAGAGGCAAUCUUUUUAGUUUGAAGCACAAAAAAAAAAAAAAAAGCUAAAGAAAGGGAAUUUACAGUAAGAGUGUAGUAGUAUAUAUUUUUUGUUUGAUUUCUGCCCCAUGUCAAAUUCAGAGGGUGGAGCUACAAACGGAGCCGUAAUGGACCCUCAUAGACAACAAGCGCCAGGCAACGGUUCCCUCGUCGUCAAAAAACCUCCUUCCAAAGACCGUCACAGCAAAGUAGAUGGUCGUGGCCGAAGAAUCCGGAUGCCAAUCAUUUGUGCAGCUCGUGUUUUCCAGUUGACCCGUGAGUUGGGUCAUAAAUCCGAUGGUCAGACUAUUGAGUGGCUGUUACGCCAAGCUGAACCUUCCAUCAUAGCCGCCACUGGUACGGGGACAACUCCCGCCAGCUUCUCGACCUUGUCGGUUUCCGUCCGCGGCGGGGCCAAUUCUACUUCUUUAUCGUCCACGACUUCUUCGUCUUUGGAUCAUAAGCCUCUACUGGGUCCAACCUCUUUUAUACUCGGGAAACGUGUCAGGUCCGACGAUGAUAAUCCCGGAAAGGACGAUUCCGGAGGGGUCACUGUGGGACCAGGCAUGGGGUCCAUUGUGGGCCCCGCGGGGACACACACGGGUGGGUUCUGGGCUCUUCCAGCAAGGUCUGACUUUGGUCAAGUUUGGAGCUUCGCGCCCCCGCCUCCACCCGAGAUGGUGAUACAGACUGCGGCUCAACAACCAACUGCUGCUACGUUGUUCGUUCAGCAACAGCAAGCUAUGGGAGAAGCGUCGGCGGCGAGGGUUGGGAAUUAUCUUCCUGGUCAUCUCAAUUUGUUAGCUUCAUUAUCGGGUGCUCCUGGGAGUUCGGAUCGGAGAGACAAUGAUCCGCGUUGAUUGGGUGGACCAUUUUACCUUGUUGUUGUUGGGAGUAUAUAUAUUUAUAUGAAUAUAAGGAUUCUAUAAACGUUUGUGUCUGGUUGUUUUUGUGUGUGGGAGAGGAUUUUUAGUUGGAAUUUUAGGGUUAGGGAAUUAGGGUUUUGAGGUGAAACAAUUUGGGACUUUGCUGGCUGAUGAAUGUAUUCAAAUUAGCGUUUUUCCCUUUCCUUAGCACUUUUAAUUGAUGAUAGGUAGGGUUUUAAAGCGGUCACAAUUGUUUAGGAUUAUGAGGUUUAUGACCACGUUGGAGGAGAGGGGAAGUCAAGAAUUAGGACUUUGGUGACUGAUAUUUAGCGACUGGCCGUUUGCUGAGUUUGGGGACUUCCAGAAUUGGGGAUUUCUUUUGUGAUUAAUCAAGUUUGAAACCGUGCAGGUUUAUCCCAUGUUGACAAAAGGUUGCAAACGUGGAUUUGAAGAAUGCAUUACUUCCGCAUUCGCAAAUUCUUCCAUAAUUCAUGAUAUGUCAAUGAUGAACGCACAAAGUGGGUUGAAUCUUAGUUGUCGAUUGUGCUUUGGUUUACACAUAAUUGGGGUCCGAGUUGGUUAACCGAAAUUGGGUGACCAAGAUGCUAAAAACCCCAAGAUUUGCUCUGGAUGAUACUAUGCUUGGCUUGAUGCUGUGGAUUUAUGGUCUCCCUAGAUAUGAUGGAAUUCCCUUUAUUGCUAAUGGUGUUUGAGAAUUAUUAGUUUCCCUUUAUUGCUCAUGAUAUGCCAUGGACGCUCCCUCUCUCUUCUGCUUUCAGCAUCUAUGUUGAUCACAUGAUCUCAAAGGAGACUGCAGUGUGAAAGAUAAAGGCUCUGGUUCCUUUCUGUAAGACCUCUGUUUUGGAAAAUUUUAGCUGUAUUCUUAGCCAUUUCUCAGAUUUAUCCGCGUGCAAAUUAAUAAUGUGUUCAUGUAUGUAAGUGGAUUGUUUUGGGUGUCUGUUGUGUGAAUAAAAACCCAUCUGUUUUUCUCAAUUUUACUUUCUGUUGCUCAUUCUUUCCUUUCUGCUCCAUGUAAGAAUGCAUUUAGUUCUGCUACUAUGUGUUUCAUUUCUGUGUUUUAUCUGUGUUUUACGGCACGGUGGAGGACUCUCACCAUGCAUCCAAAUCAAGCCAUAUUCAUUACAAUACAAAUUUUGGAACAUUGG